UCUUUUUUUAAAUGAUUUUGUUUGUUUAUGUAUGCAUUACUUGUUAUGCUGUGUAUAUUUUCAGGGAGGCAUUUGUCAAACUUGCCCAUCUAGAAGGCAAACGCAAAGAUGAGGUCCUUGAGACGUCACAUAGACUGUGGAAUAAUUUCAUUUUCCGAGGGAAACCCGGACCAAUUACUGAACAAGAAUUCAUUGAUAUGACGAACAAUGAGUAUAAAGAAGAUAGGCGUAAGUUUACAGAGAAGGUCAGAAAAGAUUGUACGGAUGAUGUGAGUUGUUUCGACUAUAAGAAACAAGGCUUUGUUACCGAGGAAGAGUUUUUGACAGGGUGUAAGGCGGCUGGUAUGGAGAAUGAACAAUGGAACAAGGAUUUCUUCCGAAUCUUCAACCCCGUUGAAGGGAAGAUCGAAGUCAAUGUCAUGGUUGAAGCGUGGGUUAGGUUUCUUACGGAAGAGGACAGCUCUAAAAAGGAUUUGAUAAUGGAAUGUCUACAGACAGGAGAUAACGCUUGAUAGUCCAUUGUCAGGUGGAAUUAAAGACACUGUACAGACGACCAUUUUGUAAAACAGACAUGGUUUAGAAAUAUUUAUAGUGUUGCAGAUAUUUGUAGAACUGCUGCUCAGUUAAAUUAUUCAAUUAAAUGAAAGCGUUCCAUUCA